GAGCGACGACGCAAUCGCCAGAGCUGCAGCAGUGUCGAGGGUCGAGGGAGGGAGCCAUGGCCGCCUCGAUUUCUUGCGUUUUGCAGGGAUGGCCGUCGUCGCGGGCUGUGAGUGGGUCUGCUGCUCACCAGUCUCUCGCUGGGGUACCUGUGGUGGUGAGUUUUCCCUCGAAGGGUUCCGCGGCUGUGGAGAGGGCCGCAGGAAUUAGGUGCGAAGCAGGGAGCGGGGAGAAGGUGGGGUUUUUCGGUCGACUCGGUCGCGUUAUCAAGGAGAAGGCGAAGGGCGACAUCGACCGACUCUUCAAUGGCUUUUCGAAAACGAGAGAGAAUUUGUCGGUCGUGGAUGAACUCCUCACGUACUGGAAUCUAUCUGACUCCGAGACUGUGCUCGACGAAUUGGAGGAGGCUUUACUUGUUGCGGAUUUCGGACCGAGAACUGCUUCCAAAAUUGUCGACGAGUUGCGAACAGACAUUUUGAAGGGAAAGUUGAAGACAGGUCCAGAGAUCAAGGCAGCGCUGAAAGCAAACAUUCUGAAUCUACUUACACAGAAAGUGACCACGACCGAGUUGCAGUUGGGCACUAGCCGUCCUGCCGUGAUCAUGAUCGUGGGUGUAAAUGGAGGUGGAAAGACAACGACGAUAGGAAAGUUGGCCCACAGGUUCAAGAAGAUGGAAGACACGAAGGUGUUGAUGGCUGCAGGUGACACCUUCAGGGCAGCCGCUUCUGAACAACUGGAUGUCUGGGCUGAAAGGACAGGUUCAGAUAUAGAAGUUGGUGAAGGAGAGAAGAAAAGACCUGCUGCAGUGCUUGCGCAGGCUACGAGACGAGCUGUUGAGGAGGGUUAUGACAUAUUGCUGGCGGACACCUCAGGAAGACUACACACCAACUUCAAUUUAAUGGAAGAACUGAGGAAUUGUAGGAGAUCAAUUACGAAAGUAUUACCUGGCGCUCCACAUGAAGUGCUGAUGGUGCUGGACGGUACUACUGGGCUGAACAUGCUUCCGCAAGCACGCCAGUUUAAUCAGGUUGCUGGGGUCACAGGCUUCAUCGUCACGAAGCUUGAUGGAACAUCUAGAGGAGGCUGUGUGGUAAGCGUAGUGGAUGAACUUGCCAUUCCUGUAAAAUUUAUAGGAAUUGGAGAGAAGUUGGAUGACCUACAAGCCUUCGAUCCUGAGGCUUUUGUAAAUGCUCUCUUCCCAUAGAAACGGAUUCUCAUUUGUAUGCGGAGAAAUUCUACGCCUGCCAUUUAACAAAUUUCUUAGUUGUAAAUGAAGCUAGUUGCAGACGAUAACAUGUUACUGAACGCGUUGCCCUUAAAUGCUAUGAAAGCCUAGAAGCGAGUGGUAAUGUUGUGUGAUACGGAUGAAGCCAGGAUGUGAUGCACCUAUCCGUUCUUCUAUGCAAGAUCUAGUAGCCUUCUCCAUCGGACUGUCACGGAUGGUCUUGAACAUUGUUGAGCUCACAGUGGUUUACGGGUGGAGGUGGUCAGUCUGUGAGCUUCACCAACACGUCAUUCGUGUAGACGGUCGGGAAUUGGGCAAGAGGGAUCCAGGGCUUGCAUAGCAAAAGCGCUGGUUUGUUUGAAAUCGAGUCAGUUGAAGACAUUCGGGUCAUACAGCGGUCUUUGUCAUCCCACUUCACCAAGUGGUUAUUUCAGUAUCAAUAUGAGAAUCUUGUGCCCUGGCAGUGUUUUCUUUUUCUGAGAAGGCCUUGAUCAAGUUACCAAAACGGUGGCCGCUGAUGCCAAGCGGUCAAAUUUGGGAAGUACAGUACUCUGAAGUAGUGUGUGUGGCUACUAGGCGUGCUAUCAAACUUUUCAAAGAGAAAUACUGCAGUAGUCA